CACUCCAGAUUCCACCACUCUCCCCAUCGAGCUCAUAUAUCUCCCGCCAUUGCACACCCCCUCAGUACGACCACAAUCACAGAGAGGAUUCAUCAGUACCAGCAAGCAAAGCAGCAGGAGCAGAGGGAUUGGAUCAUCGGUGGCAGCUUGAUUUGAUUAAGCGGCCGGGCCAGCAGGCAUUCGAGCUAAGCUAGGAGCUUGGUCGCGAGUUAAUUCGUGAUGGUGGUGCUCAUGGAGUACGUCGCCCCCGCGGCCGGCGCCGGCGUCGGCAUGGCGACGAAGAGGAAGGGCGCGGAGGAGCCGGGCUUGUUCGCGUGCUCCGCCGGCGACUGGGACGGCGACGGCGGCGUCCCUCUCUCGUGCCGGGCGACCAAGAUUAGGCGACUGGAGAGCGCCGAUCUCGACGCGCCAGCCGUGAGCGUCGGGGCGGGUCAUGGCGACGACGCCAUGAUGGGGGAGGAAUUAGAGACGGAGCAGAUGCCGGCGCCCGUGGCCGCGGGCGGGGAGAAGGCGGUGGUGCUGUACGAGCCCCAGGCCGGCGCCGCGUCCUCUGACGGCGGGCACGGCAUCGUCGGACUGUGGAGGCGGCUCCGGCCGUGGGCGGCGCCCGAUUGGGUCCGCGACAUGCUGCGGGAGGCGGACGGCCGGACGGUGCGGGCGCUGCUGUCCGGCUCCGGCUGCGCGCAGGAAGACGACUCCGCCAACGCCGCAGCCCUGGCCGUGGUCCCUUGGUCCUCCGCGCCCGCGCCAUCAGCAUCGACGGAUCAGGCCUCGUCGUCGUCCAUGGCGGCCGCGGAGACGUCGGAAGAGGAAGAUGCCGAGGGAGCAGCGGCGAUGGACAUCGAGGAAGAAGAAGACAAUCCAGGCCAUCAACAUCAGACGGCCCAGACAUUCGGGCCGCCAGCAGGCUGCCGCGAGGGAGGCUGGAGCAGCCUGUACCGCUGGCCGCAGCAGCAGCAGCCCGCCAUGCCGCUGCCGGCAGUCGGGCAGGCGAGGCCGGUGACGUGGUCGUGGUGAACCCCGGCGCGAAUUUGAUCUCUGCUCUUCUCUUUUUUUUUCAGUAGACAGUUUGAAAGGGAUCUGAAUAAUCCCCUUGAUCUGACGAUGCCGGUACUGCUGCAGCGUCAGCUUGUACUGUACGGUGUAUUUUGUUUGCUUUUUGGAGUCAAAUCUAUGAAUUGGUUCGUGCAUACACGCGCUCGUCAAGCUCGAUAGGUAGCACCUGCGACUGAGAUAAACAACAGAAGCUCCGUUCGUCGGACCUCCUGUAAAAGUGUAAGCUGGAAGAACGGAACAGAGCAUGAUGAACAAUCCCCAAUUCUGAGACUCGAUCGGCAAGGUUUAGGGAUCGUGGGGCAGCAGGACUUUGAUCCAGCAUCCAUGUGUACCGGUGUACGUACCUUGUGAGAAUUCUACCUCAGAAACACCGAGUAACAACAAUGAUCAAAGAGACAGAGAAGAUUCGAGAAACAUCUGCUUGGUUAGUGUGUGUUUUUUUCAACAGUACAUCUGCUUUCUCGGGGGAUUCAUUCAUGGGCCGAAACACGAGGAGAUAAAUGGGCCGAGGCCGGAACGACCAGUUCUGGUCCAGUUUUGCACCUUCAAAAUUUGAAAAUGAAAAGGAGGGUCUAUUGUGUACUCCCCCAUUCUGA